AUGGUCCGCUUCUGCAGCACCCGCGGCGGCGUCCGAGGCCUCAGUUUCGAGCAGGCCGUGCUAACAGGUCUCGCAUCCGACCGCGGUCUCCUCGUGCCCGAAGUCGGCGAGUUCCCGACGCUGCCAGCCAAUGCGCUCGACCAGUGGCAGUCGCUCUCGUACCAGUCAUUGGCUGUCAAAGUCAUGAGUCUCUUUAUUGACGAAUCAGAACUCUCGUGCUCCGAGCUCCACGCACUCGCGAAUAAGAGUUACAAUCCAACGACCUUCCGGGCACCUGACGUCGCGCCUAUAGUUAAAAUCACGGACCAAUUGCUCGUGCUCGAGCUCUUCCACGGUCCCACGUUUGCAUUUAAGGACAUUGCGCUGCAGUUCCUGGGCAACCUCUUUGACUUUUUCCUCCAGCGCAGAAACAAGACGCUGGCAGCUGGAGCUCCGAAGCACAAGAUCACGGUUGUAGGCGCCACUUCCGGAGAUACGGGGAGUUCAGCUAUUUACGGACUGCGGGGCAAGCCAAACAUCGAGGUGUUUAUCCUGUUUCCAGAGGGACGGGUGAGCGCGAUUCAGCAGCGCCAAAUGACGACUGUGCUGGACACGAACAUUCACAAUGUGGCUGUGAAAGGCACGUUUGAUGACUGUCAAGCUAUUGUCAAGGAUUUGUUUGCCGAUGCUGAGUUUAAAGCCACGUACCACUUGGGAGCAGUCAACUCGAUCAACUUUGCACGCAUUUUGGCACAGAUUGUGUACUACGUCUGGGCCUACUUUCGUGCCCGUGAACAAGGUGUGACUGGUGAUAUUGCUUUCUCGGUUCCAACGGGGAAUUUCGGGGAUAUCCUUGCUGGGUUUUAUGCCAAGAAAAUGGGUGUACCCAUUGGCAAGCUCAUCGUGGCCACGAAUGAGAAUGACAUUUUACACCGCUUCUUCUCCACGGGCAAGUAUGAUCGUCGCGAUAUUGAGCACACGAUCACGCCGUCGAUGGACAUUUGCGUGUCGAGCAACUUUGAACGCUACCUCUUUGCCUUAGCUGGCGAAGACCACGAUGUCUUGCGCGGCUGGAUGCAGGCUUUUGAGCAAACUGGAGAGCUCACGAUUACAGGCGAGUUGCUGGCUAAGGCCCAGGACGAAAUGGCGUCGUACGCGGUGCUCCAGGAGGAGGUGCGCUCGACCAUAGCCGAGUACAACAAGGUGCAGCACUAUCUUUUUGACCCGCACAGUGCUAUUGGCGCGGCUGCAGCCACUCACUUCGGUUCGGACGCAGGUACUGACAAGCCUGAUUCGGCAGUGGUCGUCGUUGGCACUGCUCAUUAUGGCAAGUUUCUGCCCGUUGUGUCUGAGGCGCUCGGUGUGGCCGAGUCGGAGAUCCAGCAGCACCCGAUUUUGAAGGCCCUGGAAUCUCUGCCCACUCGGGUAUCAGCGGCCAACAACUCGACUGCUGAUGUGGCUAAGCACAUUCGCAAGACCCUCGACGAGAAGAAGUAA